AUGGAGUUCGGGUGGGAAGACGGCCAUGCUGCUCUCAUGAAAGAGUUGGAAGCUGCCAUGAGCAAAGCAGCAUUAAGCAAAGGUCAACUUGUAACUGACCAUCCAGAUCCUGAAACUCUUGCCGAGGAAUUCCGACAGGAAACUUCGAAACACAACGGCACACGAGAGAAGAAACCCAUCUACGUCACUCAGAUCCAAGAUCCCUACGAGCCAUGUCUAGACCCUGAGAAGGACCUUGAACUAAUGUCUAUCUCUGACAUGAGACUCCAAACUCAUCACCGCGGCAAGAAGGUCUUGCUUCGGGUGAAGACCGCACCCGCUUGGGCCGCGGCUAUCAUGACCAUCGUGGAAGAUCAAGAAGGGAUAGCAGUCCUACUAGCGCUUCAUCAACAGCUCCAGGAUGACUUGUUGACCAUUAGACACCCUGCUCAAGACUCCGUGGCCAUCGUCAAAGAUCCCUUCUUUGAGAAAAUAGCCGAAGGGACUUAUUCCCUAAAAGUCUACCACCCAAGCGACAUCAUCUGGCUGGAAGAGGACGACAAGAGAAUCCCCGAACAAUGGAGAGUCCAGAGAGAAAUCAAGAGUAGCGCAGAAUAUCGUGCCGAGGGAGAAGAGCUUGCGAGCAAGGAGCGCUGGCUGCCCGCACUACACUCAUACACCUUGGCUAUUAAAACAGCAUUGUCAAAAGAUGACCAGCAGCAAGCAUAUCUUGGCCGUUGCGAAGUCAAUCUCCAACUCGAUCGCCCUGAUCAGGCGAUGAAUGAUGCUCUCAAAGGAGAUGACGCUAUAGGUUUGACCGAGGAGUCCUUGAUUCUUCAAGCCCGCGUACACUACAAUCUUGGGGAGUUCGACGAAUGCCUAGGGAAGCUUCAAAUUCGCGAACUAGUGUUUCCCAAAAGCGUGCCUCAUUGGAGUAUGAAUUCAACCGUCUCGAAACGACUCAAGGAGCAGAACGACGGCAAGUAUGUAUUUGAAGACAUGCUUCUUCAAGCUCAAGAGACACCUCCAUUGAUCGACUGCGCCACCUUCUCCUGUCUUGUCGAGAUCCGCGACGCCCCUGGCCGAGGCAAAGGGCUCUUCCUCACCGAGGACGUAUCUGCUGGAGAUUUGAUACUCUGCGAGAAGGCGUUCUCAUACUGUUUCAUGGAUGGAAAGAGUCAUGAGACAUAUCCCAUUUUAGGGAACGUGCCCCGUAAUGAAGUGAAAACUGGUGGCUCUGUUCACCUGUGGGCACAAGUCACCCAGAAGCUGUAUCACAACCCACAAUACCUUGUUACCAUCCAAGAACUCUUCCACGGCGACCAUAAGAAGCUUCAGAUCACUCGACUUGACAACAGGACUGUUGUUGACUCCUUUAUGGUAGAAAGAAUCAUUCACUACAACGCAGUGGACACUCCGAAGACUACAAGCAAUGACUUCGAAACCAGGGUGUUUAGCAGGAAAGGGGACUCCCUAGUGAUCGACAACCUAGACACCAAGUUCUCAACUUCAGGGAUCUGGCUCCUCGCUUCCCGAAUCAAUCACAGUUGUAUCAGCAACUGUCGGCGUUCUUUCAUUGGCGACAUGCAGAUCAUCCGAGCUACACAACAUAUGUCCGCCGGGACGGAGCUACUUCUCUCCUAUCGUACUCCCUACGCCUUCGAGUCCUACGAGGAAAUGCAGACGCGCCUCUCAACUUGGGGCUUCAAGUGUGCCUGCGAUCUAUGCAAGAGUAGAAGUAAGGAAAGUAAAGCUACCCUGGAAAAGCGGCUUAAGAUCUACCGCGAGGCUUCAGAUCUUCUGAAGACUGAAGUGCUUCAAUUCAACUUUGCCAAAGCCAGAACGCUUCUGAACCAACUGGAGAAUACCUACAAGGGGAAGUCCGCCAACAAAGUCCGACUAGAGCUUGCAGAACUUUGCUUUGCGAUGUGCGAUCGCUACACAGAUUCGAUAAUGCCUGGUGAUUUUGUAAAGAUGACUGUGAAGUCACUCGAGUCACUGGGCUUCGUUAUUGUCGCGUAUGUCCCUGGCCAAAAGCCCGACGACUUUCGAUUCCAAGUGAACAAAUGGGGCAUAUCGACCAACUAUGUCGUUUACCUGUUUCUCAAUCUGGCCCACCUGUACGGUGUAGUAUCUCGACCGCUCUCCUUAAAAGUUCUCGAAUACGCCCUUGUCUCGUACACAAUGCUCGUUGGCGAAAUGGGCUCGAUGUCACGGUUGUUCCCGGACGCCCUUAAGCACUUCAUGUAA